AUGUUGCGGAGGCUGUUUGGGCUGUUUCUCCUGAGCACGCUCUGUUCAUCCAUGUACCGAGGGUCUGGGACAAACAUCGGCAGCUUGGACAGGAGCACCAACGGCUCGGACAACACCAUGCUCUUCACCGGAUUAGGCUUUACAAGCAGCGGAGGGAUGAACCGAGCCGGACCCGUGGAGCUGGGGAUGUCCUCGUUACCCAUGGACCUGUCUGAGUCCAACACGGACAACGUCAUGUUCCCCGACCCGCUCAUGUGCGACGUCCUGCUCAGCUCGGCCGGCCCCUAUGACCAGAUCCCCCUCUUCUGCCUGUGCUCCUACUGCAAGGGCAAGACGGGCCAGAAGGGGCCACGGGGGGACGUGGGCCCGUCAGGCUUCGAGGGCAGUACAGGGAGAAGGGGCCUGACAGGCUGGAAAGGGACCCUAGGAUUCACUGGAGCCCCUGGAGUCAAAGGUCAGACAGGGGAGAUUGGAGAGAAGGGUCUUCCAGGACCAAUCGGGACAACGGGGGUCAAAGGAGAUCGAGGAUUCAAAGGAGAAAAGGGUGAUGAUGGAGACGAAGGCUUCGCAGGACCUUUGGGUCCCCAGGGCUUGCCCGGCUCCUGCCAGUGUGAGAUUGUCGUAGGUCCACCUGGGAAACCUGGUGCCCCGGGACAGUCCGGCGCCCGUGGCAUACCCGGCACCGCAGGCUCCAAGGGCUUUCCUGGGGUUGGUGGCGACAAAGGGGACAAAGGAUUGGAUGGACCUGGUGGGUUAGCUGGGCUGAAGGGCAAGGUGGGACUUCCAGGCCCCUGUGACUGUAUCGAUAGAGUAGAUGGGACAGAUGGACCAAAAGGACUGGCCGGAGAGAAAGGCGUGAAGGGUGUAGUGGGUGUGCCAGGAGAUCAGGGUGACAUGGGCCCAAAGGGACUGGAGGGUGACAUGGGCUUCUCAGGCAUGCCCGGCCCGUGCACAAUGGCAUUCCAGUCCAGUUUCACUGCAGUUCUGGAGACGUCUUUCCCUGCGCCUGGACGCCCAGUCAGAUUCACCAGCAUCAUCUACAACCCACACAGUCACUACAGUCCGAACAUCGGGAUUUUUAUUGUACCAGUCAACGGCACGUACGUCUUCACCGCUAACCUGCUGGUGAAGGAACGAAAACUCAUCGCUGGGCUGUAUCUCAACUUUGAGCCCGUGGCAAAGGUGACGGAGUACACUGACACCACCACAGUCAGCUUGGAGGUGGUGUUGCAUCUGAAGGUCCGUGACCAAGUGUGGGUGCAGGUCAAAGAUACAGACAAUAACGGGAUGUAUGCAGGAAAAGAGCUCAGCUCGUCUUUCUCUGGCUGGCUGCUGUCACCGGACUCCUGCAUCGCGGGAGACAUCCGAGAUGCCAUCACUCCUCCUGACAUCACAGGUGUGCUGUUCCCUUGGUGA